AUGCUUUGGGUCGUAUUUAAAUUUAAAUCAAUUCUUUCCUUCAUUCUUUUACGCCACUUUUUCUCUUUUAUUUUUCCUAAUUUCCUUUCUUUCACUUGCUAUGAUCAUUUUAUUCUUCGUCUCUCUCUCUCUCUUUCUCUCUCUCUCUCUCUUUUUCACUCUCUCUCUUCCUUUUCUUUCGAAAUUUCUUUUAUCUACCCGUUUUCACUUCCGUUACCAGAAAUAGCGCUGAGUCAUUGUUCGCAUAUAAUGUUGCUUUAUUUUUCUCUCUUUAUAUCUCUUUCUUUUUCUUCUCAUAUUUCUUUUUACAUGUCUUUAUAUUUUAUUUCUUUUCUUUAUUUUUCUUUCUUUAUUUAUUUAAUUAAUUCCUUCUGUCUUUUCAUUUUCUGUUUAUUUGUUUGUCUUUAUUCUUUCAAUUGUUCCUUUCUUUUCUUCCUUUUUUUUCUUCUUUUUCCUCAGUGUCCUGUCUUUCUUUUUUUAAUGAUUUUCUUUCUUUCUUUCUUUCUUUCUUUUGUUUUUCUUUUUUUUCUUUCUUUCUUUCGUUCUUUUUUUGCUUUCUUUUCUCUUCCUUUCUUUCUUAUUGUCGCUGAAUCUUUCUAUAUUUAUUUCUUUUGUAGACUAUCACUUUCAUAUCUUUAUUUAUACCUCCUUCCUCCAUUUCUCUUUCCAACUACACUUUCUACUCUGCCCAGUCAUUAA